ACGCAAUGACAGACGAGUUAUUGCAAGAGAGUGUAAGUUUUUGGUUGCGCUUACCAAAUGAAACUACGCUUCGUAUCUUUAUCUUGUUGGAAGACGCCGAACUUCUCGCUUGUGCACUGGCUUGCAAACAUUGGUAUCAACUAUUCUGUGAUCCUAUGUUAUGGAAACGCAAGCUACAGAGACGCUAUGCAUCUAAUAGUCCACUCACACAGACGUCUUCUUUGCAAUUUGAUGAUCUUUGUAUGUAUAUGUCGACAUACCAAAGGCUACAAGACGAAGUUCCACGAGUUUGUGUGCAAGAAUUGAAACAACACAGCGACGAGGUCCUUCAUGUGUCUUUUUCUCACAACGCUCACUUGGCAGCUACUUGUUCAAGAGACAGCACAACUCGUAUCUGGAAAAUCAACAGACACAUGCUACUUGAAGAGAAAUGCGUAGUGAGUGUGAGAUCUUCCAGUUCAGACAUAAAUUCAAUGGAUUCAGCACAUCGAUCAUAUUUUAGUCCUGAUGAUUCAUAUUUGGCUAUUUGUGGGGCUCUUGCAGAUGACACUCUGGCUGGUGUAGUCAAAGUUUAUGAUGUAGCAACUAAUCGUUUCACGGUUGACCAUGUUGUCAUGCCAUCUGAUGUGUAUACUACUUGGAUCAGUGUUUCAGACUUAAUUAUUGGCUAUGGUGACUUUGACAGAUCAAACAAAACGUCACUGUUUACUCUGUAUCGAGUAGAUGCAAGGUGUGACUAUCCACUGGAGGGAAUGUGCUGUAUAAAACUACCAGGAGAAGGAUUUAUUCGUCAAUUGAGUGCAGCAUGCAUGAAACACGAGCAAUCCAGACAUUUGUUUUAUGUUAGUGACGGUGAAUGGACGUAUCCUAAUCAGGUUGCUUGUGUGGAUAUUACUAUGAGAAAGAACUCGACUGGGAGUGAUGGUCAUCAUCUUCCCACUGUUAGCCCUAGUGCACUGGCUGACUUGAAUUCAUUCAUUGUUGGUUUGCAAGUUUCUGCUGACGGAUCGUUGGUAUUUGUUAAUUGUCGACCUAUCACUUCUGGAAAUAAAGUCCAAUUAGACAACAAACUGAUGGCUAGUGAGAAAAUGGAAUUGAGAGUGUUUAUGGCAAGCAAAUUCAUCUACUCAGCUCGUUGCAAGUGGCUCUGAAGAUAGUUGUGCAUAUGUAUGGGAUCAGGCAUCUAGAACCAUGGCUGCCAAACUGGAAGGUCAUGCUGCACUAGUGAAUGCAGUAGCAUUUAAUAAACUAAAUGAAGAGAUGUUGAUCAGUGUUA